UCUUUGUAAAUCGUUCUAAAAGUGUUCCAUGGUGUUCUAACUAUUUAUUGUGAAGAAAAGUGCUCAAUUUUUUUAAUACCGAAGCAAAGUAUUUGUUAAGGAGUCUACAAAGAUCGAUAAAUGAAUAAAAAUGAUAAAGGACUUUGUCAUUCCUAUAAACAAAGAUGAACUUUUGGUGGCAACCGGCGGUGGACGGUUUUUUGUCGACAAAGUCAUUCCAAUUCGAAUGAUUCAAUCAGCUCUCGAUGAAGCAAGAUCGGAGCUUUUAGAGAAUGGAAUUGAUUUCAUUAUAAAUCAUUUCGAUACAUUCUUUUCUAUACUUGUUCAUGGUAAUAAGGUUGAAUUACCAAUUAUUAUGCGCGGUUUUAGCAGAAUUCAUAAAGCCAUCGAAAUUUUGGUCUGCGAUCUGGAAAGAGUAGUUGAGAAGGGUACCGAAUUACAAGAAGAGGAUAGAGUACGAUUCUUAAACAUUACUAAAAUGCUUGCGUAUCUAUUUUCAUGGUUUAUGUGUCACAUAGAUGAAGAAAUUCUUAAAGAUUCAAGUGACAAAUUAGUUGGAAAGCGGAAAAAAAAUUUGAAAUCUGAUAUGGAAGAAGAAUGGGAAAUGACUAGGGAAAAGGCAUUGGAAUAUGUCUAUAGAUUGUUACAGCUACCAUUACACAGGCUCUGGCAGCCACCUGUAGUCGAGGAUUCAUUUGUUGUAUUGCUCACUAAAGUAUGUUAUAAGACUUUGGAACAGUGUAAGGAAGCAAGACAAAAACACAUAAGGCAAACAAUAUUUGAGAUUUUAGGGACUUCAGUUAAGAGAUACAAUCAUGGUAUAAGUUGUAUAGUAAGAAUUAUUCAGUUGGUAAAAUUCCACGAUGUAUUAGCAUCACAUAUAGCAGUUGGUGUUGUUCAUAUGAUUAAUGAAUGUGGAUGUAAGGGUUUAAUGAGAGAAGUAAUGAAUGAAAUUGAUCAAUCUGAACCAUCUGAGUCUGACAAUCGUAAUAUAUCAAUAUUUCUUGAAACUAUUGCUCUUACUCAACCAAACAUCAUAAUUCCUAUUCUUGAUGAAAUGAUUGAUUACUUGGGUAGCGAACAUUACAGUAUGCGAAAUUGCACGAUUAGUGUAUUGGGGGCGGUUGUGCAAAAAGCAUUGACUGGAGAUGAUCUGACACAGGAACAAAAAGACCAGCGCGAUGAAUGUCUUAAUAGUUUAGAAGAACACAUGUUGGAUGUUCAUGCUUAUGUCAGAUCGAAAGUCCUACAAGUAUGGCAACGAUUAUGUUGCAACGGAGCUAUUCCUCUAGCGAGGCAAGGAAAACUUCUAGCUGCCACUGCAUUACGAUUAGAAGAUAAAAGUGCAAAUGUACGAAAGCAAGCAUUGCAACUGCUACGUGCAUUACUUCAAGCCAACCCUUUUGCUGCUAAGUUAAACAAGGAAGAAAUUUAUAAAUCGCUGGAGGAGGAAGAAAUAAAAUUAAGGAAGAUGCAAACCGAAUCUGUUAGCAAAAGUGAUCGUGGCGAUAACCAAAGAUUAGAAUUAUGGAACGACAUGCUUCCGGAAAUCAGAAAGGCAUUGAAAGAAGUUAUUAAUUGUGGGAAGAAAAACAGUAAAAAACGAGGUGACCACGACGACGAAGACGAUGAAAUUGAAGAUGAAGAAAAUAUUAAUCCUGAUAUAGCAUUUGAACAUGUCAGGCAAUUAAUGUUGAAAGGAAAAAUUUUAGAAGCAGUAAAAUUCUUAUGGAGAGCUUGCAUUAUAUUAAAACAAAAUCCAGACAUAGAAAAUCUAGCAAACGAAGCGAAAGAAGAAAUUUUAUUUUUACUUUUACUGAAAACGUUUAUGGAAUCAGAAGGCGCUUUGAAUAGUGCAAACGAAACUAUAAAUACAUCGCAGUCGACAGAUAAAGAUAAAGAAAAAGAGCAAAUAGAAGUGGCUAAACGAGUUGUAAAUUAUUUGAGAAAUUGUUUGUAUUUCGCAACGGAGUUAGAAAUAGCUAUACCCAUGGCAGAGAAUUUGCUGUUUUCUACAACAGCCACUGAUGCCGUUGAAGCAUGCAGUUUACUCGGAAUUGCUUACCAGUUUGGCGUAAUUGGUGCUGCAGAUGCUAUACGUGAAGCAUUGUUCCAAAUGUUUCACCGCGACCAGUCGGUACGCAAGAAUUUGGCCGCUGUAUAUAAAGAGAUUUACUUGUGCAACAACGAGAAUAAGAAAUCCAGUCGUCAGAAAGCUCUUACGCGUAUAAAAGCUCUAAUCGAAUUAUUGAAAUCACUUAAACCGGGUCAGAGUCAAGCCUUAAGCCAACUUAUUAUAAUGUGGUAUAAGAAUAAUGAACUGGGAAAUGAAGAAUUGCAGGUUUUGUGGGAAAAAUUUUCGAUGAAAUCCUCGGACACCGAUUCAUUGGAUAGCAGAUCGGCUUUAAUGCUAAUAACAAUGGCAGCUCAAGCUCAGAGUGGUAUUAUAUCAGGAAAUCUAGACGUGUUGGUAAAAGUAGGUUUGGGAUCGCGAGCAAAAACUGACCUUCUUUUAGCUAGGGACACGUGCAGAGCGUUGUUAAUGAUGAAAAAUAAUAACGAGGAUAAUGAGAAGUUAUCGAUCAGGUAUCCCAAUGAUCACGAAAUGUUUAAAGAAAUUUUUACAUUGCUGAUAGAUAAUUUUACUAACACAAAAGAAGAUGGAUAUAUAUCAUUCGCGACAGAUGCAAUCAGCGUUAUUUAUCAUUUAGCAAAUCAGCCUGAUCAUUUAAUGCAACAGUUGUUGCUAGACGUAUAUAAUCGUGGCCAAUUUAAUAGUAAGGAUUCAACAUCAGUUGUUCCAUUCCACUUACUGUCUAAAUUGCUGUAUUUAAUUGGACACAUUGCGAUCAAAGAAAUGGUACAUUUGGAUACAUCAGUUUAUAAGGAAUUAAAGCGAAGGGACAUUAUACGAAAAUCGAAAAAAGAAAAAAAAAGCCAAGAUGACAAAAAUACGUGUUCUCGUAAUUUAAAUACUUCAUUGUCAAGUACGUCAAUAUCAAACACAAUUAGUGCAAGACAACAGAUUCGCAAUAAAGAGACAAGCACAAUCAUGGAAGACAAUGGAGAAGAAGCAGUCGAGGGGGCAGUAGACGAUGCAGAUGCAGAACUUAUAAAUGACAUUCUUGAAAAUCACGUUGUAACUGGAGAUGGGCUGCUAUCAAAGUUUGUUCCACUGGUACUAGAGGUGUGUCAAAAUCAUGAUAAAUACAAUGACGAAGACGUACAAGCUGCCGGUGUUCUUACCUUAUCUAAAAUGAUGACUGUGAGUUCCAACGUUUGCAAGGAAUCAUUGCAGCUUUUAAUCACGAUAUUAGAACGUUCAUCAUAUCCUGCGAUUCGUGCCAAUAUUCUUAUCGGAAUAAGCGAUCUUGCAACGAGAUUCCCUAAUGAAGUGGAACCAUGGAUGAAGCAUAUAUAUGACCGAUUGCAAGACGAAAAUGUAUACGUACGAAGUACCUGUGUUCGUGUUUUGUCGAGUCUUAUAAUGAGAGACAUGGUGCGUGUAAGAGGUCAAAUAUCAAAAUUAGCAUUGUGCAUAGUUGAUGAAGACACCAAAAUUCGUCAGGACGCGAAACAAUUUUUCAAGGCACUUUCGCAGAAAGCGAACGUCUUGUACAAUGUGAUGCCUGAUAUACUGUCUCGGUUAACCGAUUUGGAGGAAAACUUAAACGAAUCUGAUUUCCAAGAAAUUAUAAAAUACGUAUUGGGUUUGUUGCAAAAAGAGAAACAGGUCGAUUCCAUAAUCGAUAAAAUUUUUGCCAGAUUCAAGUUAGCUAGUACAGAAAGGCAGUGGCGUGACUUUGCGUAUUGCCUUUCGCUUUUGCAAUUCGGUCCUAAAAGUAUACGCCUUCUUAUGGAGAGUUUAGCCUUGCUGAAGGAAAAAAUUCACAACAAGCAAGUUUUAAAAGCCUUGCAGACUAUUAUAGAUCAGACGAAACGGAAACCAAAUAUGAAAGCAGCCUGUAUAGAACUGGAAGAAAAACUAAAAGAGCUUCUUAAGGGCACCGAGAAUGCAGAGGGUGAAAUGCCAAGCGAUUCUGAGGUGAUGCCACCACCCCCGGCGCCGAUAUCGAAGAAACGUAAUAGACGCACAAAAUGCAAAAGUAGUAGCGACGAAGAUAGUGAUGCCGACAGUGAUUCUGAUACAGCACCAGUGACAAAAGCAAAAAACGUUAGAAAAAUGAAAUCGCGUGAUCGCAGAAGUAGAUCGAGUUCUGGAUCGGAUUCGGAUACUGAUUUUACACCAAAGAAAAUUCCUUCAAAACAAAUCAGGACAAGGGCGUCCACAUCAAGUGCAAAAAAGUUAACAAUUCGAAGAAGACAUCUCAGUUCAGCCGAAAUUACUCCGUCACCAACACCGAAAAGAAAUAGACUAAUCACCGCAACAACAUCGUGUACUCCACAGAGAACUUCGGCACGUUUAUCUCAAUCAAGGGCUAACUAUUGAAAUUGAUUAACUAUUUACAUUAUUGACACUAA